AUGAAUGAAAAUAUCAAGGUAUUUCUACGAAUUAAACCUAACAUAGACAAUUUCUCGAAGUUGAAAAAAGAGGACUGCGCAAUAUAUAAAGUUAACAAUAAUCAGUUGCACUUAUUCGAAAAAAAAAAAAGCUACAAUGAUACAAACGAAUUGAAAACAAAAAUUUUUAACUUUAAUUAUAUUUUUGAUGUUGACAUUAAGCAAAGUGAUAUAUUUGAAUUAAUAGGAAAGAACCUCAUAAACAACUUCAUCAAUGGAUAUAACAGUUCCAUUUUGGCUUAUGGAAACACGAACAGCGGGAAAACAUACACCCUAUAUGGGGACAGGAUGGGUUCCCAUAAUAAUCAGAACAAUGGAUUAAUUUACUUCUCCCUGAAUUAUUUUUUUCAGUUACCUAACAACGCUGAAAUUUCGGUGUCUAUAGUUGAAAUAUACCUCGAAAAAAUUAGAGAUCUGGGAAAGAUAUUUCAGUUAUCUCAGUUGGCAACAACCACUGAUGACAUGAUCAAGCAGCACUCACAAUUUCUUGAUAGUAUAAUUAGGGAAGAUGAAAAAGGGAAUACAUACGUGGAAAAUAUAACCAUGCUACCUAUAAAGAACAUUGACGAUGUCUCGAACAUUAUUGACUUAUGUUUUAGAUAUAGGAAAACCUAUGCAACAAAAAAAAAUUUGGUAUCAUCCAGGUCCCACUGUAUGUUGACUGUUUAUCAGCACCAGUGUGUAAAAGAAAAGGAACUAUUUUCUCAGAUAAACUACAUCGAUUUGGCCGGAUCCGAAAAAUUUAAUGACAUAGAGAUGGUUAACAAAAAGGAGCUUAUAUACAUCAACAACACAUUGUCUAUUCUGAAUCGAGUUAUAAUUGCUCUAAGUACAAAAAAUAAAAUCGUUAAAAAUUCUAAUAAAAUAAAAACAGAUGAACAAUUAAAAAAUGAAGACUGUGACUCCCCCAAUGUGCAUAUUCCCUAUAGAGAUUCCAAACUGACGAGAUUGCUAAAAAACAGCUUAAACGGGAACUCCUUUACGUACAUUUUAAUCUGCUUAAACCUGAACAGUCAUAAAAUAGAAGAUUUCAUAAACAGUUUAAUAUUCGCCAAAAGAUGCAAAAUGAUUAAACAGAAAAUUAAAAAAAAUAAGAUAGCCAAAUGCUCAUCACAAUCGGACAGCUCUCGCAGCAACCCCAGCUCCGAUGAAAACUCAUACGAAAGUUUCGAUUCCAAUUUUGAAGAUUAUAAUUUAUUAGUUGAAGAAAAUAAAAGUGAUCAUACUUGUAAUUUUGAAACACAUUUUUAUAACAAAAGAAAGAACAAAUAUAAAACCGUAAACAAUAGUACUGAUGCUAUGGUGAAUAAAUUGCUAAUUCUGUUUACCCAUAUUAUUCAAAAAAAAUAUAGAGAUUUAGUUAAGCAGAAAAAUUCUAUAAUAAACAAUUUAAUUAAAAUUAUAAAAUCUGAGGAAAAUAACAAGGAAGAAUUAAAAGCAAAUAAAAAUUAUCUUGAAAAAAUUUUAAAAAAAAAAAAGAAAGAGUUAAUUAAAAAUAAGCAAUAUUUAAAUCAUCUCAUACAUUCAAAGGAAGAUAAAGCAAAAACAAUAGUUAAAAAUAAUCACUCUCAACCUGAAACUUAUGUAGAUCAAAAUUUAGAACCAGAGAAAACAAAUCAGUUCAGUUCAAAUGCUUCCGAUGAAUCUCAUUCCCAUUUGUCUGAAAUCGAAAACGAAGAUACCAUGUUCUGCUCCCCAAAAGAAAAACACAUUAUUUUAAACACUGUGGGAGGUAACGUACCAAUCCAAAAUCAAGAGGAAAGACAAAAUGAUAUUAACAUGUGCAGUCAAAAUAAAGAAAAGGAUAUAUCCGCCUCCUCUGACAUUAUCCAUUCAUUCAUAUGUAUGGAGGGAAAAGAAAAAGAAGAAGAAGAAGAAUCCCCUUCUUCAACUAACGAAAUAAAUUUACACACUUAUGAUAACUUAAUAAAAAAUACAAAUGAUAUAAAACAAAUCCAUGCAGACAUAGAUAAAUUAUUCAAAAUGGAAGUGAAUAAAUUAAAUGAAAAAAUAAAAAUCCUAAUAAAAUUAAAUUUUACAAAUAUCUCUUUAUUUAUAAAUGUUAAUAAGUUGGCAAAUAUUCUUCAAAAUAUAUACCAAAAAAAAUACAGUGUAUGCCUAAAGAACGGGAAAAAAACCUUAAAUAUAACAAAUUACGAUUAUAACGAAUUAAAAAAAUCUUAUGAUUUUUUUCUUCCAACAAUUGAACUGGACAAUCAAACGAACGAUAAGGCAUUUUUAAAAGGGUUCAAUAAGAAUGUAGUGUCCAUGUAUCGAGAGAUAAACGCAAAAAAGUGA